AUCACAGUAUCAGCAGUAUCAGCAAUCUGCAUCAGCAUUUAUUGAUACCAGGUCUUGAAGGAAUCUGCAAUUUUGAGUCCUAACUUGAGUCACUGAUUAAGUAUUCUUCCGUGUAUUUUUUCUACCUCUGUUCAAUUUUACACAUCCACAUUUCCCUCAGUUCUCAGCGUCAGCAGCAUCAAGUCAUGGCUAACCGCGGAGCAAUACUGCCUGUAACAGAAAACCCUCUCGGCUUAUCAUGGCAUGAUAGUGCUUGGAUAACCAUCCUGAAUCCAGCCAAUGUUCUUGACUACUUUUCCGAGAGAUCAAAUCCAUUUUAUGAUCGCACCUGCAAUAAUGAAAUUGUUAAAAUGCAACGGCUUUCAUUGGAUCAGCUCACGAGCAUGACAGGACUAGAAUACAUUUUACUGCAUGUUCAAGAACCUAUUUUGUAUGUUGUCCGUAAACAACACCGUCAUUCUCCGACACAAGCAACUCCUUUGGCAGAUUACUACAUCAUCGCGGGGACAGUGUAUCAAGCGCCAGACUUAGCAUCAGUGGUCAACUCAAGAAUUUUGUCAUCAGUACAUCAUUUGCAGUCAGCGUUUGAAGAGAUGUCAUCAUACACGAAAUAUCAUCCAAGCAAAGGCUAUACAUGGGACAUGAAGUCUGGAGCAGCAGCUGCCCCUCAGAAGAAGGAUAUUCCAGCCAAAGAGGAGGCUAGUUCAAUAUUCCAGCGGCAGAGAGUGGAUAUGCUCUUGGGUGAACUUGUUAAAAAAUUUGCUCCACCUCCAAUGGUCAAACCCCAACAACCUGAAAGUGAAGUGAAAACGGAAGUCAAAGAAAUAAAAACUGAGAAACAAGAUAUGAAACCUCCUCCUGACAAAAAACAGAGGACUUCUUAACUUGAUUGUCAUCUUAUCAAUGGUAUUUUUGUUGAAUAGUUUUCGAGAGCAGUAAAGAAUCUACACAAAAAUUUGAUCACAAGAUAAUUUGGCAAUGUCUUUGCAUGGUGUUUUAGGUCAAAAAUUACAUACCUCCAUCACAAAAUUUCGUAAUUUCUGCUUUUCUCUUCAUUUCUGUCUGUGUUAGCUUAUUAAUCCUAAAAAUUAAUGAGUCAUUUCUUUUUCCUUUCUCAUUAAUAGCUAACAUAGUACCUGUUUUACAGUUCAGGAUUUAAAAUUGGAUGGCAGUAAUUAUUUUACUGCAGUAAAGAUCUUUGUUUUUCCCCUUUCCAGCAUCAAUAUUUUUCUAAAGAAAAUGUAAUUCAGGCUCUAUCAAAUUAUAACUGAGCAUCUAGUGCUGUGAGGGCACAUCUUGCGUUGCCUUGUUUUUAGGUAUGAAGCAUGAGCAUUGCACCACCAGACGAGGUCUGAGCUGGAGAAAUGUCAGCAUGAAAGGUGGAUAACAUGAAAUGAAAACGGCUGGAUAACGUAUGAAAUUUCUAGGAAAUAUUUGUAGAUAGGCAAAGAUCACUAAACUUAUGCAGAAUCGCCCAAACUAGAAAGUUAGUUUCCCUUAUUCAAAUGUAUGAUUAAAAAUUGAAUUUGCCAAACAAGAGUUGGAUCUUAGGUAGAAUGUUUUGGUUGAGCUAGGAAUGAUACCACUGAUUUUCCUUUUCUCAGAACGGAAUCAUAGUGAGUACAUAUCUGUGAUGUAGCAUUUUGAUUUUACAGGAUAGACACAGGGCAUUUAUGCUCAAUUUGUUCAUUUUUAUGUGAUGCAUCAGUGAUCGAAGGAAAAUCCGUAUGUCAAGUUAAUAAAUGUUAAUUGAAAAUGGAAGAUCUUGAUGCAAUUACAAUUUUCAAAAGAGGUAAUAAAUACAGCAGAAGGACGACAAUCUGCAAUCACUAAUUUCUAUUUUUGGCUCAUUUUAGAAACGAAAUAUGUGUCAUUAUUUUCCUAGUGCAAAUAGGUGCUUUCUUAUAUGAGAUAAAAAUUGCAGUUUCUUGUUGCAAAAUGCAGUCUGAAGUUCAAAGUAGCAUCAAGAUUUCUUUAUUUCCAAUAUAUAUCAUUCUUAACUUGCUUACUGUGAACCACCGAUGGAAAGCUUUUGAAACUGAACAAUCCAACCUUUGAGGUUACUUUCCAAGAUCAAAUAAUGGAAUUUAGGCUGAAAUAACGUAUUCCACCAAAACAUCAAAUGAUAGUUUUCAGAUCCAUUUUAACAAUUUUCUUAAAAUUCAUCUUUCGUUUGGACUAACAUCGCUUGUUUUGAAUUUGUGCCCAAGAAUUUUUAUUUGUAAAUAUGUAGACUGAAUACAAUCAAUAAAAUGUUAAGUUUCAACAUG